AUGUUGCCUCCAAAGUUGAAGGAUCCUGAGAGUUUCACUAUUCCAUGUACCAUUGGAAACACUUAUUGUGGGAUGGCUUUAUGUGAUUUAGGCACAAGCAUUAAUUUGAUGCCAAUGUUUGUUUUCAAGCAAUUAGUGAUUGGAGAAGUCAGGCCUACUACAUUUACUCUUCAACUUGUAGAAAGAUCUCUUGCUCAUCCAGAUGGGAAGAUUGAAGAUGUGUUGGUGAGGGUAGACAAAUUCAUAUUCCCUGUUGAUUUUAUUGUACUAGAUUAUGAGGUGGAUAGAGAGGUACCUAUUAUCUUGGGAAGGCCAUUUCUUGCAACAGGGAGAACUUUGAUAGGUGUGCAGAAGGGGGAGCUUACUAUGAGGAUCCAAGAUGAAAAUGUGACUUUUAAUGUCUUUAAAGCUAUGAAGUUUCCUGAUGAGGUUGGGAGUGCUCUAUUGUUUCAGUGGUAG